UAUCACCGUGCGUUUGGGUGUUUGGGUUUUCUGUGCAUGAUCAAGGGCAUCAUCCGGCCUGUGUAUUUUAUAUCUCGUAGUCUUCGUUCGGGAAUGCCAACUCGUUAUCGAAGUCACUUCAUGUUCUUCUAUGGUUCUGUUUCUGUGAGCAUGGCUGGCUAUGUCUAG